UUUAAUCCAAACCAGAUUCCUCUCUCUAUUUGGAAGGAAACUUCCUGGAAGCUUGCAAUGGCCUCUUCAUCCAUUUAACUCCCUCCCUCCUUCCUCUUGCUUUCCACUCCAACCCCAUUUCUAUCUCUCUUCUCCUUUGUCGGCUUUUUCCUUCCCAUCAUGAGACUUGAUAAAAUUAUCCCCAGAAGCCUCUUCAAGUCCAAGAAAUCACGCUCCAUUGCUAGAUCCGAAACCGAUCCAUCUUCAUCCUUCAGCUCCCAAACCCCGUCGGAGGAGGAGGAUUCUCAAGCCGGCUUCAAGAAGCCCAACGGCUCAGCCACGCCGACUAGCGUACUGCCCGAUGUGAACUUUGAACUUAAACAAGCGUUCCAAAUGAUGGACAGAGAUGGCAACGGGAAGAUAAGGAAGGAGGAAUUGGAGGCGCUGCUCAGUCGAGUGGGUCCCGAGCCGCCGAGUCAGGAGGACCUGAAGACGAUUCUGAGCGAUGUGGAUACGGACGGGGAUGGGUGUAUAAGCUUGGAGGAGUUUCAUGCGAUCGAAUCGGCUUUUGGGCCACCGGCUUGCGAUACGGAGCUCCGAGUCACGUUUGAUUUCUUUGACUCUAACGGUGACGGAAAAAUAACUGCGGAGGAACUUUUCAACGUUUUCAGAACGAUAGGAGACGCACGAUGCACGUUAGAGGACUGCCGGCGCAUGAUAAGAGGGGUGGACGUGAAUGGAGAUGGGUUCGUCUGCCUCGAGGACUUCAGUCGUAUGAUGGAGCAGCAAGGAUGAUAUUUUCAAUAUUUCUUGUCUAAAAAAGAAAAUUAAAUUAUCAUUUGCCGGUCCGGGUUUUGUUUUUCUUUUAUGGAAGGCUGUGGGGGUAAAAUUGGAGUUUCAGUAUGCGGAAAUAUUAAUCCUACUUUGUUUGAAGUGUAAUAUACUGAAAAGAUAUUAUUUGUGUAAACUUUAUCCAUAA